AUGGUGUACAAAUCAUUGGAUAAAAUAUGUAUAACAGAUAUAGUAAACGUGCAGGGUGGUGGCAUAUCAUCAGAAACUGCAACUCAACUUCAUAACAAACUUGUUGAAAUAAUCAAGGAAUAUGGUCCUGGCACUCCUCAAACAUGGAAGCAGAUUUCGACCCAAAUUCUCAACCCGGACCUUCCCUUUUUGUUUCAUCAGAUGAUGUACUACGGGUGUUACGUAGAUUUUGGAGUUGAUCCACCUGCUUGGUUACCUGACAUGGAGGAUGCAAAGUUGACAAAUGUCGGUAGUUUAUUAGAAAGACGGGGAAAGGAGUUUUUGGGUCCGGGUUAUAAAGAUCCCAUUUCAAGCUACUCGGAUUUUCAUGAGUUUUCAGCCGCCAAUCUUGAGGUGUUCUGGAAAACGAUACUUGAUGAAAUGGAUAUAUCAUUUUCUGCGCCUCCAAAAUGCAUUUUAGUUGACAACCGGUCUGAAGAGAGUCAAUUAUUGCAUCCAGGAGGUCAAUGGCUUCCUGGAGCGUACGUAAAUCCAGCUAGAAAUUGUUUAAAUUUGAACAGCAAGAAAAAUCUGAAUGAUAUAGCAGUAAUAUGGCGUGAUGAAGGAAAUGAUAAAAUGCCAGUUAACAAAAUGACAUAUGAGAAGUUGCGUUCGGAGGUUUGGCUUGUUGCAUAUGCUCUUGAAACACUCGGAUUGGAAAAAGAAUCUGCAAUUGCAAUUGAUAUGCCUAUGGAUGUCUACUCCGUGGUAAUAUAUCUAGCAAUUGUUUUAGCUGGGCAUGUAGUAGUAUCUAUUGCAGAUAGUUUUGCGCCAAGUGAAAUUUCAAAACGACUUAAACUAUCUAAAGCCAAAGCCAUUUUUACUCAGGAUUUGAUCAUUCGUGGUGAGAAAAGCCUUCCACUAUAUAGCCGAGUUGUUGAUGCCGAAUCGCCUCAGGCAAUUGUCAUUCCUACAAAAGGCUCUACUUUUAGUAUGGAAUUACGUGACGGUGAUAUUUCUUGGAUUGAUUUUCUUGAAAGAGCUAAAAGUUACCAAGACAUUGAGUUUGUAGCCGUCGAACGACCCAUUGAAGCUUUUACAAAUAUCCUUUUUUCUUCAGGAACUACAGGGGAACCAAAAGCAAUUCCAUGGACCCUUGCAACACCUUUUAAGGCAGGUGCAGAUGGUUGGUGCCACAUGGAUGUUCAUAAAGGCGAUGUUAUUGCAUGGCCGACAAAUCUUGGAUGGAUGAUGGGUCCUUGGCUAAUAUAUGUUGUGUUGCUAAAUGGAGGCUCAAUUGCUCUAUAUAACGGAUCUCCCCUGGCUUCUGGCUUUGCCAAGUUUGUUCAGGAUGCAAAAGUAACAACUUUAGGAGUGAUCCCAAGUAUUGUAAGAGCAUGGAGAACAAAGAAUAUUACAGCUGGCUUUGACUGGUCCACCAUCCGGUCUUUUGGAUCAACUGGUGAGACAUCUAAUGUGGAUGAAUGCCUUUGGCUGAUGGGAAGAGCUCAUUACAAACCGGUCAUUGAGUAUUGUGGGGGCACAGAGAUUGGUGGUGGUUUUACUAUCGGAUCACUACUGCAGCCUCAGUGUUUAUCUGCUUUCAGCACACCAAAUUUGGGAUGUAAUCUGUUUAUACUUGACAAAAACGGAGUCCCUUUACCACCAAAGGUACCCGGGUUUGGUGAAUUGGCUCUUAAUCCCCUCAUGUUUGGAGCAUCAAGCACACUACUAAAUGGUAACCACUAUGAGGUCUACUUCAAAGGAAUGCCUUCUUUGAACGGGAAGGUACUAAGAAGGCAUGGUGAUGUAUUUGAGCGCACAUCUAACGGAUACUAUCGUGCCCAUGGUCGUAUGGAUGAUACCAUGAAUCUUGGAGGCAUUAAGGUAAGUUCAGUCGAGAUUGAACGUGUAUGCAACUCAGUCAAUGACAUAAUCCUUGAGACAGCUGCCAUAGGUGUUAUACCGGCUGGAGGCGGGCCACAAACGUUGGUUAUUGUAGUUGUUUUUAAAGAUACCAAUGUUACAAAACCCGACCUAAAUAAGUUGAAAGAGUCAAUGAAUUCAGCUUUGAGAAAGAAUCUCAACCCUUUGUUUAAGGUUUCUGAUGUGGUGCCCUUUCCAUCACUUCCUAGGACAGCAAGUAACAAAGUAAUGAGGAGGGUUUUGAGACAACAGUUGACUCAAAUUGGUCAAAAUGGCAAGGAGCAGUCUGCCGAACUAUCUGUUGAAGCUUGAUUCAAAAUACUAAAAUUGAUCUAUUUUGU